GUCACAUGGGCGGCGAUGGCGAGUGGUCGAGGUCUGCGGCGGGGUUGCUGUUGCUGCUGUGGGGAGAGGGAGGGCCGGAGCCCCGAGGAGCUGACUAUUCUGGGAGAGACACGGGAGGAAGAAGAUGAAAUUUUGCCACGCAAAGAUUAUGAGAGCUUGGACUAUGAUAAGUGCAUCAAUGAGCCAUACCUGGAGGUGCUGGAAACACUCGAUAACAAGAGAGUCAGGAGAUACGAGGCGGUGAAAUGGAUCCUGGUAUUUUGUAUUGGAGUCUGCACUGGUUUGGUUGGGCUCUUUAUCGAUUACUUUGUUCAUCUCUUCCAAAAUCUCAAGUUCCAAAUUAUUGGAAAAUCGGUGGAAGAUUGCAGUGAGGGGGGCUGUCUUGUACUCUCCCUCCUUGAGAUUCUAGCAUUCAAUAUUGGUUUCAUCUUUUUGGCCAGCUUGCUGGUGCUGAUUGAGCCCAUUGCAGCUGGAUCUGGAAUUCCUGAAAUCAAAUGCUACCUAAAUGGGGUGAAGAUCCCUGGGAUUGUGAGGCUGCGGACCCUGGUCUGUAAAGCACUGGGUGUGCUCUUCUGUGUGUCCGGAGGUUUAUUUGUGGGGAAGGAGGGCCCAAUGAUUCACAGUGGAGCAGUGGUGGGAGCAGGGUUGCCUCAGUUUCAGAGCAUUACUUUCCACAAGGUCCAGUUCAACUUUCCUUAUUUCCGCAGUGACAGAGACAAGCGGGACUUUGUCUCGGCAGGGGCAGCAGCAGGAGUUGCUGCUGCAUUUGGGGCUCCAAUUGGAGGGACACUCUUCAGUCUGGAGGAAGGAUCCUCAUUCUGGAACCAGGCACUAACCUGGAAAGUGCUCUUCUGCUCAAUGUCUGCCACCUUCACGCUGAAUCUGUUCCGCUCAGGGAUUCGCUAUGGGAGCUGGGGCUCCUUCCAACUGCCAGGACUGCUCAACUUUGGAGAAUUCAAGUGUGCAGAUGGAGACAAGAAAUGUCAUUUGUGGACAGCAGUGGAUCUGGCAUUCUUCAUUAUCAUGGGUGUGAUUGGUGGACUUCUGGGAGCAAUGUUUAACUGUAUGAAUAGGAGGCUGGCAAAGUACCGUAUGCGCAAUGUACACCCUAAGGCCAAGUUUGUCCGGAUCCUGGAGAGUCUGUUAGUUGCUAUGGUUACAACAAUGGUAAUCUUUAUAGCCUCCGUGACUCUAGGGGAGUGUCGGGAGAUCCCUUCACAAACUCAUAGCAACAAUGCAACACUCCAGGUAUCUGAGGAGGAUGUGAAUUCCAGCAUCAAAACCUUUUUCUGUCGCAAUCAUACCUAUAAUGACAUGGCUACAUUGUUCUUCAACCCACAAGAGACUGCCAUUCUCCAGCUAUUCCACCAAGAUGGAACCUUCAGUCCAGUCACUCUGAGCAUUUUCUUCAUUCUUUACUUUAUUCUGGCCUGUUGGACAUAUGGUUUGUCUGUCCCCAGUGGACUCUUUGUGCCCUCGCUGCUGUGCGGUGCUGCCUACGGUCGACUUGUGGCAAACGUUCUGAAAACGUACAUCGGGAUGUCUCACAUCUAUUCUGGAACUUUUGCUCUAGUGGGAGCUGCUGCAUUCCUGGGGGGCGUGGUUCGUAUGACCAUCAGUCUCACUGUCAUUCUCAUUGAAUCAACCAAUGAAAUCACAUAUGGAUUGCCCAUCAUGGUCACAUUGAUGGUGGCAAAGUGGACAGGCGAUUUCUUCAAUAAAGGAAUUUACGACCUGCAUGUGGCACUUCGUGGUGUCCCAUUGCUUGAAUGGGAGACUGAGGCUGAAAUGGAUAAGUUGACAGCCAGUGAUAUCAUGGAGCCAAAUCUAACCUAUGUCUAUCCUCAUACCCGAAUCCAAUCAUUGGUCAGUAUUCUGCGCACCACCGCACAUCACGCAUACCCUGUCGUCACGGAAAACAGAGGGAAUGAGAAGGAGUUCAUGAAGGGAAACAUCCUCAUCAGCAACAACAUUAAGUUUAAGAAAUCAAGUAUACUGACUCGGGCUGGAGAACAAUACAAACGGAGCCAGUCAAUGAAAUCCUACCCAUCGAGUGAGCUGAGGAAUGUUUGUGAUGAACUGGUGAAUGCUGAGGUUGCUGAGGAUGGAGAGGACAUUUUGCAGCAAAUGCUGGAGCGUAGACAUGUCCCUUAUCCAAAUCUUUAUCCUGACCAGUCUCCCAGUGAAGACUGGACAAUGGAGGAGCGCUUUCGACCUUUAACUUUUCAUGGCCUUAUUCUGAGAUCGCAGCUGGUUACCUUGCUAGUACGUGGGGUUUGCUACUCAGAGACCCAUUCAAGUUCAACACAACCACGGCUAUCAUACUCUGAAAUGACUGAAGAUUAUCCACGAUACCCCGAUGUUCAUGACCUCGAUCUGACCCUCCUCAAUCCGCGUAUGAUUGUGGAUAUCACACCAUACAUGAAUCCCUGUCCAUACACAGUUUCGCCAAACACACAUGUGUCUCAGGUCUUCAACCUGUUCCGUACCAUGGGAUUGAGGCACCUUCCAGUCGUCAAUGCUGUUGGAGAGAUUGUUGGAAUCAUCACACGACAUAAUUUGAGCCACGAUUUUCUAUUGAUGAAACUGCGACACCACAACAUGACAAUCUGAUUCUCUCCUUCACAGUGCAACAUUCCAGACGCUUCUGCCUCUCAUUGCAAUGACAGUGAUUUUCGGGGCCAUCUGAAAAGGCAGGACAUUCUUUGGUGCCAGUCCUCUCCUCAUCUACCUGCCAGACUGGAUUAAUGAACAGCUGCUGAAGCGUUUAGGUCCCCACUUUUUAGUCUAGUUUGCAGCAUUAUUUGUCUGUUUAGUCCGUGGCUGAUCUUUAUUAAUUGUGGAACUAAUUAAAGUGCUUGUACUCGAGUGAGUCGGGUAGCAGUGAAAGGGAGUAGUUUGUUUUAUGAGUUAAAUUGGACCUCCAGACGUCUGAGAAUUUUGUAGUGAGGACAGUCAGUUGAAUGUUUUAUGGAGUUUGGCAGUUGGUUGACUGCAUUUUUCUCGUGGUCAUUCAAUAUCAAAAGGACAAGUCUGGGAAAGGCACAAACAUGAAAAACUAAAUAGACAGAAAAUAGAGGAACUUACUAAUGGAGUUAUUCAGAGAUAGAUGAUUGACACUUUUUGGCAUUUUGUUUAAACACUAUUUCUACAGAUUAACUGGAGAUUGUAAUUUGGAUAAAUCUGUUUCUGGGCACAGACUUGGAAGUUUGGGUUUAAAAGAUGCAGACAGAAAAUGCUGGUAAUACAGUUUCCGACUGAAUGGAGCAAGGUUAGGAUCUUUGCAUGGUUAGUUGAAGGAACUUGUUUAUCAAUAUCCACAGUUUGUUCCAUUUCAGUAUCUCUCAGAAUCUUAGUGGGAGGAAUCUUUGCUGUUAGUAACCAUGACAGUUCACUGAGCCUUGUCAUGAUACAGUUGCUGUGAUUUCCAUGGUAACACAAUUUGGGGGAGCUGCACAUCUCAAGUUGGAACACAAUCCAUGCAAGUAAUGUCUUGCAUGAUGCCACUACAUGAAAAGUUGUUGGCUUGAAUGUGAUCAGUGAGUGGCAGGUCUGAAAACAAAAUUGUAUUAGAAUUAAUGUAACAAAGCCUCCAAAUGGAGCCUUUGAUUUUUUUUUAAGUAGUUGUAAUUUUAGCAGAAUUGUCCUUUGCCAUGAAUGCAGUAGCCCAGGGAGGGGAAGAGGUGUUAAGGUGAUUAUCUAUUGGUGUGCUGAAGAAUGUGAUUAAAAUUGCUGGAAUCGGUGAGAAGAAGGAGCUGCUGGUUGAAGUUUUGUGCAAAAUUGUGUAGCUGGCCACCUCUGCCAUGCUGUCUUGGCUGAUGUUACUGUCUGAGCCUCGCCUCCUCACACAGACUUCUCAAUUAUUUUGUUAAGGGAAAUGAACUUUGCAUGUGUAUUGAGGGCAGGGUUAUUCUUCAUUGUUUUCUGUAACUGAAAAAACAAUGCCAUGUUGUUAAAAUUGAGAAGUAUAUUGUACUGAUGAAAGGUUAAACCACACAAAGGGAACCCCAGAGCUGCUGGAUCAUGAAAUGAAAGGGAAAGACUCCAUUUCUGAGCCUCCCAGAGGCUAUUGUUCUUUCUUCCCUUUUUUAAUUCUGUAUCUUUUAGGUUUUUUUGUCUUUAAGAGUUUAAUUAUUUAUACAACUUUUUUUUAAAGUAAUUUGGGACAUUUAGUGUCUUUAUUAGAAGUCUUAGUUUUGUUUUCAGUGUGUUCAUUUCACUUAAUCUGCCAUUACUGUCACCUUAAGUUUUCAUCAUUUUGAUACAAGUUUAUUGUGCAGCCCUUGUGGACUUGUACCCUGGAUGUGUAAAAUCACUGUACCAGCACUGUUUACACUUUUGUUUCAGAAAUGCUUGUGGUGUAUGAUGAGCUUGGGACCUUCUGCAAGAAACAAAAGCAAAAUAUCACCCAGUUAGUAGUAAGGCCCAGAUCAUCACUGCUGUUUAUUACAAAGCAGUUCUGCUUUUUACUACUGGGACAAUGUAGAAUACCAGUGUCCUACUUGGAACCUAGGUUGUCAGUUGGGUGACUCUCAACCUGGUUUCUGAGCCAGAGAACAACUUUUAUUUUAAAUACUGUUUUGAGACGUUUAUAUUGGGCUGUGUCUGCUUUCCAUAGAACCUUGAAUUUGGUGCUGAGAAGACAAUUCCACUCUCCCUCCCCAACUCCCCCAAUCCUCUGGAACACCUAAAGGCACAGCACAGCAUUGGAUUAUCUAACAACACCAUCACCUAUCCUUCACCCACCUCCCCCACUUUUCCAUUGGCAUGGAGCAAUGGAAUCAAGUGUUGCUUAAAUCCAGGUUCCAUUAAUUAACUGACAUUUGCAACCACUGAAAACAGUUUAUGAAUCUUCAGUCCUGCAACAUUCAAAGGCGGCAAAAAAACCUCCAGGUGAGUAGGGCGCUCAUGGGUUCCAGUCUCUAACUAUGUUACAAUUGUCUGUAAAGUCUUGAAAUCUCAGAAUGAUGGAUGUUAAGUUGCUGCAACCAGAAUAUUAUCACAUUAUCAUGUUUGCACUUAUUAUUUUAUACAUUAAUUGUUUCACAUCAGAAUGCUUCUGAAGCCAAAUGUAAUUCUCAUUUUAUUUUUUUAUUCCAUGUUUUUAAAAGUUCUGAUCUUAUAAUCUCUUAUUUUUUAAGAUUAGAUUACAUUAAAAUAAAACAUUCCCAUUCGUGGUGUUGGGGGUGUCAGUUCAUACUAUUUGUUUUCCACAUAUUGAGGAAUUCUGAAGUAUUAAGUGGAUGUUGUAGGGAUUUGUCUGUUUACUUCGGUUCCUUGCAUCUGGUGAAUUGCAUAAACUAGGCAUGAUUGCCCUUGGGAUGUGAAGAUUGAACUCAGUUCUGGUUAAACCAGUAAUUUGUAAAGGUUCAUAUUGACUUUGUUGUUCCUGAACUCUGCCUGCACUUAAAGCACAGGAUUCCAUAUGCUCUUAUAAAACUUGUUCUCAACCAUUGGUUAAUUUGCCAGGCUGGUAAUACAGGGGCCUGCAGUAAGAGUUAGAGACCCCAGUUUAAAUUCCACUAUGGCAGCUGCAACUGCAAAUUCAGUUUAAAAACCUGGAAUAUUACAAAAAGCAAAUCCACAAAACUAUCAGAUGUUUGUUUAAAAACCCACUGGUUCACUUAUUUCAUUCGGGAGGCAAUCUGCUAUCCUUAUCCAGCCUGGCCCAUGUGCAACUCCUGACCCACCAAUGUGGUUGACUCUUAAAUGUCUCAUGAUGUGGCCCAGCAAGCCAUUCAAUUCAAGGGCAAUAAGGGAUAGGCACUAAAUGGUGGAAAUAAGUUAAGAUAGAACAUUACAGCAUAUUUCAUCCUGCUCUAAGAUCUAUCUAACCCUUCCCUCCCACAUAGCCCUCCAUUUUUCUAUCAUUCAUGGGCCUACCUA